AUGAAACUAAUGGAAGAGUUGGACGAAAAGCGUCAAAAGCAAUGGAAACUCAAUAAAACCCGAAUCGUAAACGAGUCGCAUCUGAGCCACAAACUGAGUGUCGAGAUAUGCCCGCCAAUAGUGGAGGUGCCGACAGCCGGCACAACCAGAAUCGAUUUGAAGGCCAUUGCACCCAAACCACCGCAACGAGUGGUGAAAGCGAAGAGUCUGUACACCAGGACAAUAGCGCCCAAAGACUUCGACAUCAUAGGGAACGGUAGGCCGUCCGGCAAGAUAGACAGCGCUGGAAGUCAUUUAAACCUGAGACACGCCGUACGACAGACGCAGCGCAUGAAACUGAUGCUCGCGCUGGACAGACCCGCAAAUGACUCAAAUAAUCGCUCUGAGGAUGAAGUGGAGACUGAAGGACGAGAAGUGGAAGAUCAAGCAGUUGAAGAAAGCUAUGAAACCACCACUCCCUCCCACAUAACUAUCAGAGUCGAUAUGCGGACAUCGGGUCGACGACUCAUUGCCAUAGACUUGGAUGCGCUCACAGACUAUGACACUGACACUGACGCUGACGAGGAAUACAGUGAACCUGUUGUGUCCGUCACUGACAAAGACGUUGAGCCCAACGAUAGCGUGACAAGUGAUCCCGAAAUGAUGAAACCAAGUGAUAAUGACAGUGACAUGAGUGGCGGUCAAGUGAGAGACACGACUCGUGAGCAGAGGUCUGAUUGUGAGUCAAACACUGGUCACAAGAGUGUCAAAAUAGACACGAGAUAUCGAAAAAGACAAAUUGAUUACAAAUUGGUGGACAAGAGGACGGGUAUGUCUGACCAAAAGUCUGUGCUCUUGAAUGAGACGUCGCCGGAAGCCAUGGAAGUGCGGAUCGUUUGCUUCCAUUGCGAGAAGAGAUACCACUCUAUGGCUGACUUCAGACACCACUACAAGAAGAGACACUUUAAGGACAACAAGCCGUGCGCUGGAGUCAAGCUGAAGCUGAUCCCCAAAUCGGUGGACAAAACAUCGACACAUAAACACAAACAC